AUGGGAAGAAGUAACCAGACAUCCACAGUGAGAGAGUUUCUCUUCUCUGGAUUCCUCAAGUUUGAAGAAGGUAGCAUUCUCCUCUUCAUUCCUUUGUUAAUCAUCUACAUAUUCAUUGUUAUUGGGAAUCUCAUUGUAUUUUUUGCAGUCAAGAUGGAUACUCACCUCCACAACCCCAUGUAUAAUUUCAUCAGCAUUUUUUCAUUUUUGGAGAUAUGGUAUACCACUGCUACUAUCCCCAAAAUGCUCUCCAACCUCAUCAGUGAGCAGAGGACCAUCUCCAUAACUGGGUGCCUCUUGCAGAUGUACUUCUUCCACUCACUGGGAAAUUCAGAAGGGAUUUUGUUGACCACAAUGGCUAUUGAUAGGUAUGUUGCCAUCUGUAACCCUCUCCGCUAUCCAACCAUCAUGACACCCCGACUGUGUGCUCAGCUUUCCGCAGGCUCCUGUAUCUUUGGCUUUCUUGUAUUGCUGCCAGAGAUCGCCUGGAUAUCCACACUGCCCUUCUGUGGUCCCAACCAAAUUCAUCAGAUUUUCUGUGACUUUGAACCUGUGCUGCGCUUGGCCUGCACAGACACAUCCCUGAUUCUGAUCGAGGAUGUGAUCCAUGCUGUGGCUAUCAUCUUCUCUAUCCUGAUUAUCAUCCUCUCUUAUAUCAGAAUUAUCACAGUGAUCCUGAGAAUUCCCUCCGCCGAAGGCCGCCAGAAGGCCUUUUCGACCUGUGCAGCUCAUCUGGGUGUCUUUCUGAUGUUCUAUGGCAGUGUAUCCCUCAUGUAUCUGCGUUUCUCUACCACCUUUCCACAAAUUCUGGACAGAGCCAUUGCAUUGAUGUUUGCAGUUCUUGCUCCCCUUUUCAACCCUGUCAUCUACAGCUUGAGAAAUAAGGACAUGAAGAUUGCAAUUAAGAAGCUUCUCUGCCCUCAGAAGUUGUUUACUGCAUUAGCAAGUUAA